AUGCCUUCACUAUUCAAAUCUGCUGCCGCUCUGGCUCUAGCCGGUGUGGCCAUGGCUAACCCUUUCAAGCGAGGUGACGAUACCUGUCUGGCUGCCGUGACUGGCAAGGCUGCUCUGGGCGAUGACAGCCUGCGAAAAGAGCACUGCUCCAGUUUCAUAAAGACGAUCGUCACACCUGCCGCCAUCACUGUCACAACCACCGUUACCGAUGCUCCAUCAGCGUCCAAGCUGCGUGAAUGGAAGAGAGAUGUCACUGUUUGCCCUAACGAGGUUCCCAACUACGCCUCAGCUUGCGAUGAGAGUCACUAUAAGUCUGCCUGCUCCGCUUGGGGUGUUACUGGUGAGACAACAAUCACAAUCCCAGCAACCACCACUACCAAGACCGUCUACAAUGCAAACGGUGCAACUUGCGACUCCUCGACCGUCACCGUCACCUCGGCCAUCGACACGACCACAGUUUCAGUAGGCACUGUCACCUCGACAAUCACAUCAACCAGCACAAAAUCGGUAGGCAGAGUUACAGAGACUGUUACCUCGACCAGCACCAAAUCAGUUGGUACAGUCACUGACACCGUCACUUCAACCACCACGAAAUCCGUAGGAACCGUCACCGAGACUAUCACUGUAGGAUUUGGCGGUAACAAUGGCACCAGCGGCAAUAACGGUGGUCGUGGCAACAACGGCACUGUCACCGAGACUGUCACUACAAUUGUUGGAAGCGGCAGCACUGCCACUACAACCGUCACUGUCGGCCGUGGCAGCAACAGCACCGUCACCGAAACUGUCACAAGUACAGUAACCGCUCCUGGUGCUGGCACUACAGGCACAACUGGCACAAACGCCACAACCGGAGUCGUGGGGACCUUCCCCAACGGUACUAAUGCAGAUGCACCAAAGUGUAUCAACGACGCUGAAGCCCUGGUGUUCAUUGAUGCUUUCAUUGAUCUCCUCGAAUACACCAGCUACGCAGGUGACCCAUCCACAUUCACUCCAGCUGGCCGUGGUUAUCACCAGGAUGUUUCGGACAAAUAUCUUGCCGUCGACUUCAAGGAUUACUCCGACUCUAUCAACUGGAUGGCUGGUUUCCCUAUGGGCGGUGUCACUUUUGCUAGCAAGGCAGAAUUCGACUACGGCCAGGGUGUCCUCCAGGCCGAGCUCGACGUAACCACACUCAACUACGUCCACAGCUGCAACACCAUCACAUGGAGAUGGAGUGGCGUUACCAAGUCCCGAGCUACUGUCCAGGGUAUCAACCUGUUCGUUCUCACCGAGGACUUGACCAAGAUCCAGACCAACUACGCUGAGUUCGACAAUGCUCAGUGGCUCAGCAGCUUCGGUCUCCAGUGCAAGGUCCCAUCCUCAAGCACCAGCACCAACUCGACCAGCGAUGCUACCACCACUGCCACUCCUAAGCUCAGAAUGAGAGGAUACUAG